CUAUUGCACAUUGCGCCGAGCAUGCGGGCCACCGGUCCUGUCUGGGCAAGCUGGGAGUUUCCGAUUGAGAGGUUUUGCGGCACUCUACUCCCAGCCGUCAAGAGUCGUCACUUUCCAUAUGCGAGUUUGAGCAACUAUGCCACCGAGGUCGCUGAGUUGAAACAGAUUGCGCUCAUCUAC